GGAGGGGCCCGUGCCCGGCGCGCGAGGGGCCGGGCGGCGAGUGCCAGGCGGCGGCUGUCCCUCCGGUACCGAGCGCGGGCGCUGCUCGCGCCGCUCCCUGGCGGGGAACCGGUGGGCGGGGCCCCGGCCCCCGGCUGUCAGUGAGGAGCCCCCCGUGUCUCUGCGGGGCGCGUCGCGCUUGGCCUCGUCUCCACCGGGUUUUGCUCCCCCCGUUGCUGGUGUGGACGCGCUGCGGCAGCAGCCGCUUGUGCCGAGAGUCCUGAAGCAAGGCCCUGAGAUCCCGCGGGGUGUCUGUGACCUGGGGUCCUCCAGCAACGCGGUCACCGCUGAACUGACACCCCCGAAACGCCCCGCGGUGACUUCUGCCCCGAGCGGCACCCAACGGAGCGUGGGGCGCCAGGAAACCCCGGCACAGCCGUGGGGCUCGCUCGCUCGCUCUUGUUUCCAUUUUGCAUCUUUCACCUGUGGGAAGGAAGCGGCUCUGUGGCGUUUCUUGACUCAUGGUUUCACCCAGCGGUUAUUAAAAGCCCCACAUGUCUGUUUUAGGACUAUAGCACUGGAUCAAAAUGGCUGAUGAUAAUGAAGAGCUGCAGGCAGACGAAGAGCUCCCAGCUCCAGCUGAGGACAACUUUGAGCAGCUGGAGAACAGCAGCCCCGCAGAGCGCAGUGGGCAUGUAGCAGUCACUGAUGGGCACUGCAUGUUUGUUUGGGGAGGCUAUAAGAAUGCUCAAGUUAGGGGAUUUUAUGACUUCUAUCUGCCUAGAGAUGAAAUAUGGAUCUACAGCAUGGAAACUGGAAGAUGGUACAGUACAUGAGAAUAAAAAAAAACAGAAGGAGAUGUUCCACCUUCCAUGUCAGGCAGUUGUGCUGUGUGUGUAGACAAAGUAUUGUAUUUAUUUGGAGGGCAUCAUGCACGUGGCAAUACAAACAAGUUCUACAUGUUAAACUCCAGAUCCAAGGACAAAGUGUUGCAGUGGGUUAGAGUAGAAUGUCAAGGUGUUCCCCCCUCAUCAAAGGACAAACUUGGAGUUUGGGUUUAUAAAAAUAAGCUAAUAUUUUUUGGAGGUUAUGGUUAUUCGCCUGAAGGGAUACCAAUAGGAACUUUUGAAUUUGAUGAAACCUCUUUUUGGAACUCAGGUCAGCCUAGAGGAUGGAAUGAUCAUGUGCAUGUUCUGGACACUGAAACCUUUUCUUGGAGCCAGCCCAUAACCACGGGUAAAUCCCCCUCACCCCGAGCAGCCCAUGCCUGCGCUACAGUUGGGAACAGAGGCUAUGUGUUUGGAGGCAGAUACCGAGAUUCUAGAAUGAAUGAUCUCUAUCAUCUUAAUUUGGACACAUGGGAGUGGAAUGAAAUAAUUACACAAGGCAUUUGCCCAGUAGGCCGAUCUUGGCAUUCCUUAACUCCUGUUUCAUCAGAUCACCUAUUUCUCUUUGGAGGGUUUACCACCGAUAAGCAGCCACUGAGUGAUGCUUGGAUUUAUUGUAUCAGUAAGAAUGAGUGGAAACAGUUUGAGCAUAAUUAUUCUGAAAAACCAAGGCUGUGGCAUACAGCUUGUGCAAGUGAAGAAGGAGAGGUGAUUGUUUUUGGUGGCUGUGCCAACAACUUGCUUGCCCAUCACAAAGCAGCGCACAGUAAUGAGAUACUUGUGUUUUCUCUACAACCAAAAUCUCUUGUAAGGCUGUGCCUAGAAGCAGUCAUUUGCUUCAAAGAGAUAUUAGCCAACUCAUGGACCUGCCUCCCAAAGCACUUGCUUCACAGUGUCAAUCAGCGGUUUGGAAGUAACAAUACAUCUGGCUCUUAAGACUUCUGCUAUCAGUUACUUCUGUGAACAACCUCUGCAUGGAUGAGCAAUUCUAAAAGAUGUAAUAAUUUUACCAACCACGUGUGGCAGAUGUGAGACUUGUAUAAAUAUCUGCAUUGUCGUUGGUAGUAGCUUGUUGGUUGUAAGUUGCAUGUGAAUGGCUUAGAGAGAACCUAUUUUUGUGUAAAGAUGUUUGCAAUAAAUGUAUUUAAUGCAA